CACACACACUUACAACGCAUAGGAAAUGAAUCGCGAUUUCUAAUUUCGAAGUCUAUGGGACGUUACAAUAAAGUUAAGAGUUUGUUAAUCAUAUACAUGCUUUAGGGAAAAUGGUUCUUUGCUUUUAUCGUUGAAGGCAAUAACAAAUUGAACGAUUGAAAACAAUGCAGUGCAGUCACGAUUUGUGCAGGCUCCUGUAUAACUGUGACAGCCUUAAUCUGAUUUAAUAUGUGUAGAUAAUAUGAAGGCGAACGCAGCAGUCAGUUACUCAACGUAUGGUGUCAAUGUUCAGACAGCGAUUUUAUUCGUCAUGGUCUUCGGUUUGUGUUAUUACUUGCUAAAACGCGACAAAAAAUCAAAUAAUCUUCCUCCCGGCCCAAAAGGAUGGCCGCUGCUCGGUAAUCUACCAGCUUUGAGUUUUCAUUCCGAAGAAGAAAUGUUGAAAUGGAACAAGGAAUAUGGCCCAGUUUGUCGCUUAAAAAUGGUCAACAUGGAUUUUAUGAUACUCGGAUCAGUAGAGGCGGUCCAGGAAGCAUUUGUUCGAAAAUGCGAGAUUUUUUCGGACCGACUUCAAAAUUCUAUUUCUGCAUUUUCGGGAUCUCAUGGGAUAAUCUUUCUAAAUUACGACCGUAAAUUGAAGGAACAGCGUCGAUUUGCGCUAGCAACUUUAAGGGAAUUUGGCAUGGGGAGUCGCAGUAUUGAACCGAGUAUACUUGACAAAUGUUCAGCUCUUUGUGAUCUUGUCGAAACAGAAUUAGAAAAGAAGCAACCUUUUGCUCUUGACUUCAUGAUUUACCAAACUGUAUCGAGUGUGAUUACACAAUUAGUUUUUGGUAAAAAUUUGGCUGAUGAAAACGAAGACUUUCGUCAAUAUCUUCAAUUGCUCAUGACGGGAUCAAAAUAUAGCACUCUGAGUGGAAUCGCUACAUUAUUUCCGCCUUUAAGAAAAAUUCCACCAUUUUCAUGGGGACCCCAAGUCGCAAAGCAACGAGAGAAAACCCUUCGUCUACUGUAUCAAGAACAAAUUGACGAGCACAGAAGAACAAGAGAUCCAAAAGAACCACGUGAUUUCAUCGAUUGUUUUCUAAACAAAAUGGAUGUUAUGGCUGAGUCUCCGGAUGAGGCUGAAGCAAUCGGAUUUAAUGAGGAUCAAUUGCUGGCUCUCGCCCGUGACUUCUUCCUAGCAGGAUCAGAGACUACAUCCACGACAAUUUGUUGGGCUGUUCUGUUCCUCUCACGCAACCAAGACAUGCAGAACAAAUUUUAUAACGAGAUUAUGGAUGUGAUUGGAGAUGCAAAACAACCAAGCACCGCUUUCGCUGAUGAAAUGCCGUAUUCGAAAGCGGUUAUACAGGAAGUAUUGAGGAUGCGCCCUAUUGCACCGAUUGCAAUACCACACCGUGCAAGACAAGAAGGAACAAUCAUGGGGUAUCGGAUUCCAAAGGGAGCUAUCGUAGCUGCGAAUAUAUUUGCGAUUCAGAAUAAUGAUGAAGUAUGGAAUAAUCCAAAAAUGUUUGAUCCCUCUCGCCACAUCGAUGCUGAUGGAAAAUUUGUCAAGUCUGCAAACGUGAUUCCAUUUUCAAUAGGAGCUCGCCAAUGUUUGGCUAUGCAGCUUGCUAAUAUGGAGUUGUUUUUAAUCAUCGUGUCUCUAUUUCAAAGAUACAGAUUUGAGUUUGCAGGCGAUAGUGAUAUUGACAUGCGAGGGAGGAAUGUGUUUACUCUUCGACCGUAUCCAUUUAAAGUUCUGGCUACCAAACGCUGAAUUGAGUGAUGGGUGGUACAGUUCAUUUCUCUCAAUUUGAUCCAGCGGUUGAAACCGCUUCUCGGGGAAUGAAGAUGCUAAAAUGUUUUUGUUGGUUAUUUAUAUUUUACCGUCCUAAUAAAAUGGUGCAAUUUCUGUUUGCAUUUGCCGUCUA